CCAAACACCAAAUAAAUCAACUGAACCCAGUUUCCAGAAUUCCCAAAAACUCAAUUGAAUUCAAAUGAAUCCAUUGCUUCUGUAAAAUGGCUGACAUCGUUCCAGCUUCAGCCCUUGUUCAUCCCACGAGCUCACAAAUCCCGGUCGAUCUCUUUGUCUCCAAGAAAUAUCUCGGCCUUCCACAUGGCGAAUUGGGUUUCCUCGAUUCCUCCGGCGACACCGUUUACAAAGUCACCCAUCAAUCUCCCAAGAUUUCUUCUCACAAGCGCGUGCUGCUUGACGCCUCCGGAAAUCCUCUAUUUUCUUUGCACCGUAAAGAUCAUGAAAGCUUGGAAGGAUACAAAGGGGGAGAUAGUGAGGAGAAAGACUUGAAAUUUAGAGUGAAGAGAACGAAAAAUAAGCUUACCAGAACUGAGUUGGAAGUGUUUCUUGUUGGUGAAAACUCAGCAGAUCCAGCCUGUGAUUUCAAAGUGAAGGGUUUUCCUUUCCAAAAAUCUUGCACCAUCUACAAAGGCAAUGAGAUAGUUGCUCAGACGAGGGAUUUUUAAACAGACGAACAUCAUCUCCACGGAGCCAUCUCAUCUCUCACUCUCUCUCUACUUUCUUAACUAUAAACCCACCACAUUUCUCACUCUCACUCCAAUCAUUUCUCUUCAAUUUUAAGCAAAACCCAUUUCAGAUUUCAGAAAACCCAUUUGAAAGUUCAAAACUUUUACUCGAAUCCCUUGAAGAAUAAGGAAGAGAAAAAAAA